AUGGCAGUAGCUGCUUAUGCAUCAUUGGUUUCUCUUACACAUGUCCUCGAAAACGUUCACUAUCGUGCUCAGCUUCGCCGCUUCUGUGCAGACAUAAAACAAAUCGAAACUAUCAAGGAAAUCAUCAUUUCUUUGCUGCAAUUUGUUGAGGUUCACUCUGAGAGGAAAGAUCAACGAAUAGAAGCGUUGUUGAGGCAAAUAUCUAAAGUUGGCUUCGAAGCCGAAGAAAUUUUUGACUUUCAUGUCAUCAAUCAACUUCAUCGGAGAACUGUGGAAGAUCAAGACGAUUCUGGUUUUGUAGCUUUCUGUGAAGAUCUGGAGGGACUCAUUCACAAGAUUAACUUCAUCAAGAAAGAGCUGUCGAUGGUUGAAGAGUCGCCAAAGGAUCAAUACAAGAAGAAACAGCCAAAACAUUAUGUUCCCUUUAGAAGUUCAACAAUUCUUCCCCACGGCAGGAAUACUAAAGUGGGACUUGAUGAACAUGUGGUUGCAAUCAAGAACAAGUUGAUCAGCAUAAAAUCUAAUCUCCAGAUUAUUCCAAUCGUCGGGAUGGGAGGGAUUGGUAAGACUACUUUGGCUAGACAUUUAUUUGAAAUUUCAUAUAUUAAGGAGCACUUUGACAUAUGCAUUUGGCUCACUAUAUCUCAAAAUUAUAGUGUCGAUGAUAUCCUUCAAGGCCUCUUGAACAAUGGAGAAAUUAAAAAGGAAGGUAAAAAUUGGGAUGAUUUGGGGGUGAUACUGCAUAAAAAAUUAUUCGGUAGAAGGUAUUUGAUUGUAAUGGAUGACGUGUGGAGUACACAAGCUUGGGAUGAUUUAUGUAACUUCUUUCCCAAUAAUGAAAAUGGAAGUCGGAUCAUAAUGACUACUAGGCUGUCAAAGGUGGCGAGUUGUGUGGGCUCUGACGACCCAUAUUAUAUGGCUUUCCUAGAUGAGAAGAAAAGUUCGAUGUUAUUUUGUGAGACAGUCUUUGCACAAGAAAGUUGUCCGUAUCCAGAGUUAGAGAAAAUUGGUAAGAAUAUUGCCAAAAGUUGUAGAGGGCUUCCUCUAGAAAUUGUUGUGAUUGGUAGCUUACUUGCAAGCGUAAACAUGAGGAGAGAGUAUUGGGAAUUCGUUGCGGAUAAUUUAAGUGCAUUAAGUAACUCAGAAGACGAAGAGCAUUGCCUAAAUAUUUUGCAUUUAAGUUACACUCACUUGCCUAUUCAUCUCAAAGUAUGUUUCCUCUAUAUGAGAGUUUUUGACGAAGAUGCUGAAAUUAACAUCUCUCAACUUAUUAAGUCGUGGGUUGCUCAAGGACUGAUUAAGGCUUCGGUUGAUAAAAGUUUGGAAGAGAUUGGCGAGGAAUACAUCAAAGAUCUUAUCGGGCGAAAUUUGAUUUUCAUUCGUGAAAGGUUGAAUACUAGUGGGAAAAUAAUAAGUUGUGGGAUUCAUGAUCUUUUGCGCGACUUAUGCUUAAGAGAAUCUAAAAAAGAGUCGUUUAUUCAUUCCCCAAAAGAACAACGUGCUCGGGCAUAUUAUCCAAAUAGCAAAUGUUUCCUUUGUAGUGAAUGGAUCAAAACCAAUGGCGUAUCGAAUCUCCUCAAACUUGCUCUUAUCUCUCCAACGACAUCACAAGUCAAUCAUUUGGCUUGUAGCUUUUGUCAAGAGAUGUACUCACAUACUACGGAAAUAAGAUCGGUGAGUGUAAUGGAAGCUAUUUCUUAUGGUUCGUACUACGAACUUGUGCAAUCUACACAAGCGAGGUAUAUUUCGGUGAACCUCUUUCUUGAUGAUGUCAAGUUUGUUUUUCCAUCCAUGAUAUAUUUUCUCUGGAACCUUCAAACUUUGGUUAUUGAAGUUGAGGAGGCACAUCAGGUGGUCCUACCACGUGAAAUAUGGGAGUUGCCACAGCUCAGGCAUCUCGACAUCUUAUAUGCUCUUUUUCCCGAUCCCGGAAUUGAGGAAGAUUUCUUUGUCCUAAAAAAUCUCCAAACAAUCUCCUACAUGCAAAAUUUCAAGUGUACGAAGGAAGUCCUUGAUAGAAUCCCAAACAUUAAGAAACUGGGAAUUCAUCGUGAAUUUGAACCUGAGGGAAUGGAAUUAGAGAACUAUUCUCUUUGCAACCUUGUCCAACUACAGAAACUUGAAUCAUUGCUAGUCGAGGAUUAUUUGGAGAACAUGAUCUUCCCGAGUUCGCUCAAAAUGCUGGUUUUAUGGAAUUGUAGAAUUCCUUGGGAGAAUAUGACAAUCGUUGGUUCGCUGCCAAAUCUUGAAGUACUUCAACUGGAGAAUGCUACUGAGGGGCUCGAGUGGGAUCCAAUAGAAGGAGAAUUUCUUCGACUAAAAGGACUUCAUAUUGAAUGCAGUGAUCUGGUGUGGUGGAGAGCUGACAGAAUUCACUUUCCGAAACUGGAAUGGCUUAAAUUAAGUUCCAUUAGUUCCUUGGAGGAGAUCCCUUUAGGUAUUGGCGAUAUACCAACAUUGCGUUCUAUCGACGUGUACUAUUGCAGUGAUUCAGCUAUCAGAUCACUAAAGGAAUUGUGGGAAGAACAAGAGAGUUUGGGAAAUGACAGCCUCCAGAUUUUUGCUUAUGAUAAACAUUUGAGAAGACAUCAAAUUGGUGCUUCUGGUGAGGCUUGGAGGGAACUCAAGUACGAAGACUUUGAUUCAUGAGGUAUGUUGAUAUCCACAAUAUGACAUACUUGUAUUUAUUGUCACAAUUUUGCUAAAAAUUUCUUUCAGUUUUCUUAUUUUUUUGGAUUCUCUUGAAAAUAGGUUUCGUUGCAGUAUUGAUUAUAGUGAAAAUAUCAUGAUUUUAUCCUUUUAAAUUUGUACAUUUCUUAGUUAUAAAUACUACAACUAAAUGCAAUGAAGAUUUGAUUAUAAAGAUGAUAGCAUAAAUGUUGCUCUAGUGAAGCAUUGUUUUAAGUUUUGUAUGCAAAGAGAAAACAACAGAAGAAGAUUGAAGAUGUGAAAAGAAGAAUUUCAUUCUUGAGAAAGCUUGAAGAUGUUGACAUGAAAAAACAUUAGAUGAAAGUGUCGCUUUUUGUUGGAAUUUAGUUGAGUUUAUUCAGGACGAGAAGGCCAGAGUAUUGAUGGUUUGUGCAGGUAAAUUUCUAAGG